AUCUCUGAGCAGUGCAGGUAAUUUAGGGGAAGAUGCAAGUUCCUAAAUUUGACCUACAAUUUCGUCGUCAGACUCUUCUUGAAACCUCUUUUAACAUGGAAUAAUUGAAGCUUCCGGGUUACACGGACAGGAUUGAGCUAUAUCAAGAAUGGGUUCUGAAGGGUGUUCAUCGCCUUCUGCACUAACGCAAUCAUCCUCAUCUCCUAGUGCGAAACGAAGCAGAGACCCAGAAGAUGAGCUUUAUAUGGACAACAUCCAUUCUCACAAACGCUAUCUCAGCGAGAUAAUGGCGUCAAGUUUAAAUGGAUUAACAGUUGGGGACACCUUACCUGCGGACACUCUAAUGGAAUCGCCAGCCAGACAAGAUCACUUUCCUUUUCUCAGGGAUGAAAGUAUAUCGGUACCUUACUCUCCCAUGUCAGAAGAUUCGGAAGAGACUCGAUAUUGCGAGACAAAUGGAAACACUGGCUUACCUCAGACCGAGAGUGUACCUAGUUGUCCAGUUUCUCCUUACAGAUGUCAAAGAAUGUCGAGUGUAUUAUCUUCCAUGGCUCCUUCUGCUUCAAACUCUUCACAUGGCUGUUCCCUCCCUACCAUUGUUUCCUCUCAACCACGUCAAAGAGGGUCUGAUUCAGAAACAAGGUUCCCUUCAUCGCCAAGUGACAUGUGUCACUCAGCUGAUUUGAGGAAGGCUGCACUUCUUAGGUCCGUUCAAAUGAGAACUCACGAAUCUUUUGGUCCAGAAGAAAGGCCGUGUUCUUACAUGAAAUCAUUUGUUGAGGAAAGAGAUUACCCAGUUGAAGAAUGCGGUUCACCUUUGCUUUGUUUGUCUGAACAACCUGAAGGGGACAAGGAGAAGCAAUGUAGGGAGUUGAACAUGGAUCUGAAGUAUGAUCAGGAGCCGUCAACAGAUAAGAGGAUCUGAGAAAUGGGUUGUUUUCAAAGAGCUAGGGUUUACAGCUUUCUAAUAUGAUGAGUCUGGCACAAUGAAGAAGGAAUAAGCUUGCAGGGGGAGACGACGAAUCUGAAAAUAGAGGGUUGCAAGAAUCAUGUUGUACUAGUGAAUAGGUCUGUAAACUGGUGGUGGAUUGCAUAAAUUGGAAAAAAGCUGUUUGAAUUGUAAGAUUUCUCAACUUUGCAAUGAAACUAUUCUAUUUGAAUGAGAAAACAACUUGUAUUUUGACCCAACAAUGAAUAACAAGGUUUGUUGAA